AUGGCAAACACUGGUCUAGAAUUGUUGAUGGAGAACUUGAAGCACAUAAUAUAUUGUGACAACAAUCCAUUGAUCAAAAAUAACCUCUUUGUUCAGGACAAAAGGCCUCAGAUCCUGUUUCUAUAUCAGGAACUUGCGUCCCUGAGAACCUUCGUUAUUGAUAUGGAGGUUGCAAAGAAACCAAAAGAGCUCAAGAAAGUGGGAAAUCUGGAGAGAAGGCUUAGAAAUAUGGUGGAGGAAGUUGAAGACAUUGUUGAUCUCUUUCUAACUAGUACUUUCAUCAGAAACAACACAAGCAUGACGAUGUGUGAUUUUGACAGCAUGAUUCACUCCCUAAACUUUGAUCGUGUUAUGGAAGAGAUCAGAGACGUUAAGGAAGAAAUUAUGGAUAAGAAGAUGCAGCCCCGACCUGAAGGCGUGCAGCCAGCUGCUGGAGCUAUGAUAAGCAGAAAUCUAUCUAGUGCGGUACUAAAGGAAGAAAUCCUCGUGGGUCUUGAUGAUGCUUCAAUGGUUUUAGUGGAGAGACUUACUGGAAAUCAUAAGAAUUUAGAUGUCAUCUCCGUUGUGGGUAUGGGUGGAUUAGGUAAGACUACUUUAGCAACAAAAGUAUUCAAUGAUCGGUUUAUUGUUUAUCAUUUCCAUGUCCGUGCGUGGGUUUUAGUGUCUCAAUCAUAUGGUAAGAAGGAUUUGUUAAUUUCGCUUUUGACAUCCAUUGGUAAACUAACCCCAGAAGAAAUUAACAAGUUGAAAAUUGAUAAAAUCUCUGAAUUGUUGUACAAGAGCCUGAAGGGCAAGAGGUAUUUCAUAGUCAUUGAUGACGUAUGGAGUGCUAAAGCAUGGGAUGAUUUGAAAAUGUACUUUCCAAAUGAUAACACCGGGAGUAGAAUUUUGCUAACCACCCGCCUCUCCGAGAUUGCUUUCUACGCAAAACCCAGCGGUUUCGCUCACUUUCUACGAUUUCUGACCAACGAGGAGAGUUGGGAGCUAUUGCGGAGGAAAGUAUUUCAGGAAGAUGGCUGUCCUGAAAGACUAAUCAAGCCUGGAAAGCAAAUUGCUAAAAAAUGUCAGGGCCUACCGCUAGCGGUGGUUGUGAUAGCAGGAGUUCUAGUAAAGGGUGAGAAGAGCCAAGAAUUAUGGGAAAAAGUUGCUGAAAGUGUAAAUUCAUAUAUCGUUGGCAACCCGAAAGGAUACUUGGACACAUUGGCUUUGAGUUACAACCACUUACCUCGUCACUUGAGAGACUGUUUUCUCUAUGUCGGAGGCUUCCCAGAAGACUGUAAAAUACCCGUGCGAAGGUUGAUCUGGUUAUGGGUGGCUGAGGGAUUUAUACGUGAAGAGGGUGAAAGACUCUUGGAAGAAGUGGCUGAAGAUUACUUGAUGGAUCUAGUGGACAGAAGUCUACUUAUAGUCGCAAAAAGAAGGUCCAAUGGUGGGGUCAAGGCUUGUCGUAUCCACGAUCUAUUGAGGGAGCUAUGUUUGAAAAAGGCUAAAGAAGAGAAUUUCUUGCAGCAAAUAUCCAGGUCAAGUUACCUUUCCUCAUCUAAGUUUAUUCGAUUUACAGAUAAGCAACGGCGUCUAUUUGCAGACUCUAACUUUUUCACCGAGAUCUCUACAGACCAUUCAGCCCCACAUAUCCGCUCAUUUUUGUGCUUUAACAAAGAAUGGUACUUCAGUCUAGGAGUUCAGAGGUGUUUCCAUCCUUUUCUACUUCUCAGGGUACUAGAUUUACAAACUAUUCACACAUCUACAGUUCCCCUUGCUUUAGAACUGCUAGUUCAUCUUAGGCACUUAGCACUUUGGUCUGAAGUCACAAAGUUACCCUCCUCAGUAUGUAAUCUAUGGAACCUUCAAACCCUCAUUCUUAAAGAAAAUUAUUCAGGUUUCAUGAAGUUACCAGAAAACAUCUCCAAGAUGAUAAACUUGAGACAUUUGUGGAUUGAAAUGAUCAUUUCUAUACCUGAUGUUCAUAACCCAACCAACUCCCAUGUGUUUUUCAACUUGCAAACUAUUUCUAUGCUACAAUUACACGGUAGAGCUGAAAGUUUGUUAAAAAGGAUUCCCAAUGUCAGGAAGCUUGGGUGUGCAGUCUAUGGGGAUCAAAAAGAUUAUGCAUUCCCGAAUUUUGUCUUACUAGAUCACCUUGAAACUUUAAAGGUGAUCCAGCCUGAGGUUCAGGAGGUGGAAUCAUUGUUGUCAAAGAAGUUAAUUAGUUUCCCGGUGACUUUGAAAAAACUUACUUUAUCGGGAUGCCGUCUUCCUUGGUCUGGUAUGUCGAAAAUUCAAUGGUUGCCUAACCUUGAAGUUCUCAAGUUGCUAAACUAUGCCUUUGAAGGACCCUCAUGGGACACGGGAGAGGGGCAGUUUCAUCAACUUAAGUUUUUGAAACUACAGAACCUUGAUAUCCAGCAAUGGGAUGCCUAUAGCAGCAACUUCCCCUGCCUUAAACGAUUGGUGUUGCUAGAAUGCUACUAUCUUAAGGGUAUUCCAGAUGAAGUAGGAGACAUUCCUACACUUGAGAUAAUUGACAUUGAUAAACGGAACCACUCUCUCGUCAAAUCUGCUGAUAAAAUUCGAGAAGAGCAGCACACUAUGGGAAACUAUGAGUUGAAGGUCAAUGUGAUUGGGUUUUUGACAUCGAUAAGAUGACUUAUGGAGUUCCAGGUAGGCAUCACAAAACCAUGUAAAAUAUUUGGCAUAAUUUUUUAACUAUGUUACGUUUUGCAUGUACAUAUUACACACUCUGAGAUGAAAUGAUG